AUGGCAGACCCGAUCUCCAUUCUCGGCCUGAUACUACAGGUAGUCCACACCACAAAAAGAGUCUAUGAGUUCGCAAAACAAGUCAAUAAUGCCGACAGCGAGAUCCGCGAAUUAUUCGGGGAGCUCUUCGCGCUGAAGGCGAUUCUCGAGCAGAUGCAGACGGACCACAGCGAGAAAAAUGGGACAUCGACGUUCCGGGAUGCAUUGCUCAAGGCGAAUACCGUCCUGGAGGAGAUCCUGGAUGAUCUGCAGAGAAGAAGGAUGCGGCAGUCGCGGUUGGCGAAGUUAGGGUGGCCGAGUAGGAAGGGAGGUCUGGAGGGGAAUAUUGCGCAGCUGGAGAGGUUGAAGACGGUCGUUGAGAAGGAGACGGCGCAUUCUAUUGAUGCUGUGGUUGACUGGAGCAGGGAAAUGAGGCAAUUACGGGAAGAGAAAACGAACGAGAAGAUCAAGACGUGGAUAUGUGCCGUUGACUUUGAAUCGAUGCAUCGCAAGGCUCGAUCGCUCUGUCAGCCUGGGACUGGAGCUUGGUUUAUUCACGGACCUUUCCGGUCGUGGAUUGCAACGACGAGCAAGUGCCGGUUGCUUUCCCUAGAGGGAAAAUCGGGGUCAGGAAAGACUGUCCUAUGCUCGACGGCAAUUGAGGCUGUCAAAGAUGCUAUCGCCACGCGCACCUCCAGCCAAGUGAUUUACUACUACUGCUCAUUCCACUUGACUACAUCGCAGGAGCUGGUCUACCUGCUAGGAGCAUUGCUGGUGCAACUAUCAGAAAGCUACCCAGACAUCCUCGACGAAUUGCAAGAGAGUUUCAAGAGACGCGCUCUCCCUCAGCCAGAUGUACUGGUUAGCCUGCUUCUGAAAUUCACGAAAUCACUGUCGGAGCUGUUCAUCGUCGUGGAUGCGAUCAACGAGAGCAGUGAAAGUGCACAGAUUCUGGACGCACUGCUCACCCUCCUGGAAUCAUCACACAACAUUCGGAUUAUGGUUACGAGCACGACCUCACCACCAGUGUCGAAUCCCACCAUUAGUAUCCUCAGGGCGCAAAUGAGACCUUCAACUAAUAGAAUUGACAUUGAGGCAUUUCUCGAUACCCAGCUAACGUCAGUCCCAGCUCUUCAACGGCUACCGGAACACAUCAAAUCCCGCAUUAAGACGGUCUUGCUUGAGAAAGCAGGUGGAAUGUUUCGAUACGUGCCAUGUCAAAUAGAGCUUUUAACUGCCCAGAAAACAGGCCGGGACGUCAUUCUCGCUUUGGACAGUAUGCCGGAAAGCCUGCACGGCACAUACGAAACUAUCCUAUGUCGAAUCCCUUCAUACGACCGCGAAAUUGCAAGAGAAACACUACUCUGGCUUAGUUCAGGCUACCAGGAGAUUACAUUGUCCGAGCUCAGCGAGGCAGUUGUCCUGACGAAAGGUGAUAAGAGCAUUGAUGACGACUGUAGACUUUUUGAUCCGCAGGUCAUUCUCUCCAUCUGCCAAGGGCUGAUUGUCUACGACGAGCGUACUACAUUCGUUGCUCUAGCGCAUUCGUCAGUCAAAGCUUUCCUCACAUCGGACGCAAUCAAAAACGGGCCAGCAGCGUACUACAGCUUGGGCGAGAUCGAGGGAUCACGGCGCAUCUGGCAAAAAUGCCUGACGUACCUGAUGUUUGACGAGUUCAAACAGCCUUGCUCAAACUUUCGCUCUCUCGCAGAGCGUCGGAAAACGUACCCGCUGCUCAAGUACGCCUCCGAGAACUGGGCGAGCCACUGCAGUCCGUCCUGGCCACCAGGCUAUCCUCUCAUUGAUGCCGAAAUCGACGAGAUUUUAUCCUUCUUCGAUACCCGUCAUCUCCCUGGCGGGGGAAACUAUACAUCCUGGAUCCAGAUACUUCUGUACGAAGCGCCCGCUGAACAAGCCCGUCGCACGGAGCCACUAUACUACGCUGCCUCGUACGGCAUCGUACCCCUUGUUGGCCGGCUCAUCCAGUCCGGAGCGAACGUCAACGCAGCCGGCGGGCGUAACGACGCAACGCCCCUCAUCGUCGCCUGUUACAGAGGACAGGAAGCUACCGUGCAGAGAUUGUUAGAAGCAGGGGCAGACCCUACCAUCCAGGAUGCAGCGGAGAUGUGCAGCCUGGAAUGGGCAGUUCGGAGGCAACAUCGUGGUAUUGUUGAGAGCCUCCUAUCGCACAAGCGUAAAUCCAUGGGAAUUGGUUCAUCGGAUCUCUAUUGGCAGUGUCGGGCUUGCAAGUACCAGAACACGAUUGCGGCUGCUGUGCUGCCGUGUGCUUCUUGUGGGAUCGAAUUAUUUGAUCAGUACGGUAUUAGGCUCGUGGGAUUUGCGCCACGGAAGAGUGCGCCACAGGGGAGUAGGGCUUGGUUGCGCGUUGGUCGUACGAUUGAGGCAAAUCGCAAAUUACUAGGUAACCAAGUGUCGUCUGAGUCCUGA